CAUUUGCCACCAUUAACCGACGAAAUGCGUUUACGUUGUCGUGCACUUCCAUUACGAACUCGUUCAACACCCGAAUUUUCUUUAGUUCUUGACCUUGAUGAAACACUUGUACACUGCAGUUUAAAUGAAUUACCCGAUGCAUCGCUAACAUUUCCUGUUAGUUUUCAAGACAAUACUUACCAGGUAUAUGUGCGUUUACGACCUUAUCUACAUGAAUUUCUUGAAAGAUUAUCACAGUCAUUUGAAAUAAUAUUAUUUACAGCGAGUAAACGAGUUUACGCCGAUAAACUAUUGAAUUUACUGGAUCCAAAUAAACGCCUAAUAAGACAUCGUUUAUUUCGUGAACACUGUCUUUUUGUUUAUGGAAAUUAUAUAAAAGAUUUAUCCAUACUUGGAAGAGAUUUAUCAAAAACAAUUAUUAUUGAUAAUUCAUUACAAUCCUUUGCUUAUCAAAUUGAUAAUGGCAUACCAAUUGAAAGUUGGUUUUUCGAGAAGAAUGAUAAAGAAUUACUUAAACUUAUCCCCUUCCUCGAAAACAUUAUCAGUCAAAAGAGUGAUGUACGAACAAUAUUACGCGCAAGGUAUCGGAUACGUGACCUUAUUCCAUCAAUUACACCCUGUGAUAUAUGA